AUGUCUAGUCGUGGCAAUGUCUCAAGACUUGCUCCCUUUAUUUCCACUGCCAAGGCGAAAGCAGCACCCAGUUUUGAGUCAACUAAAAAAGCCAACCCAGAUGGUUCCGAGUCAGAACGUUCCAACACAGAAGCCACUGCCAAGGCGAAAGCAGCACGCAGUUCAUUUCCGGUUAUCUUUCGGCGAGUCGCAGCCGUUCCUGGAGACGAGAUGGUGUCAUCUCAGCCGUCUGAUGAGCCGUUUCGGAUAGGCAAGGACCAGUUCUGGGUGGUUGCAGACAACCCGGUUGUUCCUGCAAAGGAGGCUCUAGACAGCCGCACUCUUGGUCCCGUGCACGUGAGGGACAUGGUGGGGAGAGCUCUGUACGUGGUGCGCUCAGCACUAGACCACGAACCCAUUCACAACAGAGGCUCGUUCUCUACGAGAGGGUCUCUCGCUCUCCCCUCUCGUUCUCUACGAGGGGGUCUCUCUCUACGAGGAAGUCGUGACACGGCUUCGCAUGCGCAUUCCGCAUCUGGCCUCAACACAUUGUAUCGCUCAUCGGGAGGCACUCGCUGCCAGUGA